UAACCGACAGCGAACAUGACCGACGCCGAGGCGCAGAGCGCUCCACCAUCGGCACCUGAGGACAGUCCACAACCCGAUAGGAAAGUCAUCGCCACCUUGGUGCAAGGGACAGUCAAAUGGUUUAAUGUGCGUAAUGGAUAUGGCUUCAUAAACAGGAAUGAUACCAAAGAAGAUGUAUUUGUUCAUCAGACUGCUAUCAAGAAGAACAACCCUACCAAAUUCCUCCGCAGUGUUGGAGACGGAGAAGUCGUGGAGUUUGACGUGAUUGAGGCACCCAAGGGCUCAGAAGCGGCAAACGUGACUGGUCCAGGUGGCAUUCCAGUCAAAGGAAGCCGCUAUGCACCAAACAAACGCCGUUUUCGACGACGGUUCUUCCCUCGCAGCCCUCGGCCAGGUGACCAGAGCAAACCAGCUGAUGACCUAGCAGCCACUGUUGAAGGUGGCUCGUCGGGAGAAAAUGUGCCUCAAAGACCUCCACAACGCCGCCGCAGGCCCCGUAGACCUCAGCAGCAGGCAGAAGAGGGGGAGGCUAGUGAUCAGAGGACCAGUGAAUCAAAAGACAACGAGCAGACCCAGGAGACACGGCAGCCACCGCGGCGCAGGUUCUGGCGUCCAUAUCGCAGACCGUUCCGCCCUCGACCACCUCCCCAACAGCCAGCAGAGGGCCAACAGACAGCUGUUCCAGCUCAGACCCAGGAGCAGGCUGAGACAAAGCAGUCAGAGGCCCCACAAACUAAUAGCAAUACAGCACAGAGCCAGGGACAGAGACCACGCCGUCCAUCUAGACGCCAAAGGCAAAGGAACUCUGAAUCCUCUACUUCUAAAAAUGACACAGAAAAAUCUGCAUCAGAGCCUGGAACCGCACCUCAGACCUCAAAACAAAGUGACACAAAGGCCACAUCAAAGUCACCAAAGGCAUCUCCCAAAGUGCCAAACUCGCCUGAGCAGGAAGCUGCUACAACAGACCCAGCACCAACAGAGUGAGGACAGCCGUGUGACACCCACACUGAAAUGGUGCAACCCUGAGUCAGGCAGGGUGGGCGACACGAGUGUAAGGUUGCACUUGUUGUGCUACUGCGUCUUUGUUGGCUGCCUUUCACAAAGGCAAAGAAGACGGACACUUGUCUGUUUUUUUUUUUUUUUUUUUUUUUUUUUUCUCCCCUCUCUAGUUUUCCAGCAGCUGGAAUUUUUAUCCCUUUAAGCCAAGUCUUAAAGGACUUGUCCGCUUACGUUUGGACCGAGCCUUUGGUUUAAUCCAUGAAGCUUCUUGGCUGCUGAAGUGAAGCUUAAAUUUGGAACCUGGAUUUCAAAUUAAAACAUAUCAGGGUUAGAUUGCCUGUAUGUUUUUUUUUGUUAAUCGUCUUUCUCUUGACCAAUCUCCUUGCAGCUUCUAUUUUUAUAUUUUUGUUUUUCUUGUGUCCUGUGGUAGGACUGGAUCUAUUUCAGAACACAUGCACUGCUCUUCCUCCCUGCCCUCAACCUACAACCCACCCCACUGCUUCCUCCUUUCCCCAUCUGGGUGUUGAGGGACACUGAGGAAGAGUUGGAUGCAGAUUGGUGGGUAUACAUGAAGAAAUUAAAUUCAGCUUUAGAAAAUGGGGAUAAAUUUAAAAAAAAAUCUGCUUGGUAACCGUUAUUCCAGCGCCCUAAACUUUAUUUAACGCAAUGUCAAGUUUAGACGAAAGGAACCAGCCUUGAUUUUUUUUAUUUAUCUUUUUAAAAUUUGGGUGAAAAGGGAACCAAGCGGGUUAGAUUUGCGCUUUCAGGGAGUGUUUACGUUUGCCACCUUGAUUCUUAAACAUGCUGCUCCCUUUGCCUCAGUUGAGGUUGGAUUAAUUAAAUCAAAUUUUGUUUUACUCGUUUGUAUGCCUUUUUUUUUUUCUUUGGAGGAUGUUAUGUGCAAUGUUGUCUAAAGAUGCUAACUAAUAAAUCCUAUCUGCACAUCUUGGCAUA